CUCAGUGUGUGUGUAACGAUGGAAGUGUGCUCGGAGAACUGGGGGUUGACAGCCUUGGCGAGCCCAAGAAUCUCCUUCUCCCACGACCUCUCUCAGUCCGACCUCUCCCCGUCUUCCACCCCCACCGAGACCCCCCGUCUCGACUCCUCCCUCCCGCUAGACUCCACCGCCGACGACUUCGACUUCAGCCUCAGCAUCGGCCUCCCCACCCACGACCCCUCCCUCGCCGACGAGCUCUUCUCCAACGGCAAGCUCCUCCCCCUCCCAAUCAAGAACCCCUCCGCCCCACUCCCGCCAUACUCACCCACUCCUCCUCCGCUCCCACCGCCCGCAGUUCCCUACCCCAAGAAGCACGGCAGCCUCCGCGAGAUCAUGGCCAGCUCCGACGAUGACGACGACAACGUCAUCAAAAGAUCUCCCUCUUCCUCGCAGAGAUCAUUCUGGCGGUUCCGCAGGAGCAACAGCCUUAACUGCGGCGGCGGCAGCCGGACAGGACUCAUCUGUCCCUUUACGUUACUCCGCAGCAAGUCCACCGGCUCUUCGCCCACAAUAAACCCGCCAACAGUCCGUAGUAGGCCCGACAAGCACCACAACAAGACCAACCAAAACAAUGGCACUCGCGGGAGCUGCAGCAAGGAUGACAGCAGUAUAAAUCCAUCGUCGUCGUUAUUAUUCCGUAAGGUCUCGACCGAUUCGAGUGCAAGAAUCUAUUACUAUUCGGGUACGCGACGAUCAUGCAGCAACGGAGUGAGGAUUAGUCCGAUUCUGAACGUGCCGGCGGCUAGCUGUGUGUUUGGUUAUCUGUCAUGCAGCUGUGGGGAUAAGAGCAUGAGGAGGGGAUCCACAGUUACUUGUUCUCCAUGAAGAAAGUGGAUCGGGUUUGAAAUUAUGAGGAGGGAGGGGUGGGCAAGGGAGGGUUGUUUGUUUGUAAUGAUAGGAUAUACUUUUGGGGAGACUUUUUCUCUUUUUCUUUUUCUUUAGCUUUUGAUUUGCUAUUCUCUCUUGUUUGAGGUGUUGUGGUGGAAGGAACUGUGGAUAGGGGGAUCAUGAAGAGUGCUGAGGGACUGGGGGGACAGGGAGAGCAGGGUCCCCCUGCUUUCACGCUUGGUUGGUUCCUUGGAAUGUCUGUGGACUGUUCUGGGAUUUCCCCUCUCGGCCCGUUGUUGCCUACUGUUGCUCCCUCCUUUUAUAUAUAUAUAUAUAUAUAUAUAUCUUAUGUGCUCUCGGGGCAAUGGGAUUGCUUUGGUUUAUUGUGUGGCUGAGGGUGUAUGUCCUAAAUUUAAGGUUGCUUGUUUUAUAUGCUUUUGGCCUCAGGGAAAGCAAGAGGCUGUGUAACUCGUG